CCUGAACAUGGCAGUCAUCAGAUAUGUAAACAGGGAGAGGACGUUGCCAUCACUUUGUUAUACCUGCUCCGAAUUUAUUUUUAUUUAAUUUUAUUUUGUGAUUGUAGAUAUGGCUAUACUAUAUAGCUCUGUCUACGUCUCAGCUAAAGUUUUCGGUGGUGGGAAUACAUGAUUUCAUUUUAUAAAGAAUAAACAUGGUGAAUCCUCCUAGUAACUGCCCUCGAGGCAGUAAAGACAAAUCAAAAGAAUGGCAGCUGGAAAUGCUAAUGGAAAAAUUACGGUCCAAGUCAAACCAGUACCGAUCAUUUCAACAAUCUGCCAAAGAUUUAAGGAUGGCAUUACUUGAAAAGAGAUUUCCGAUAGAUAGUUUGGAAAGGGGUCAUCUUCAGAAAUGUUUAGACACAUUGCAGCAAAAUAUAAAAGUAACAACCCAUCAGGCAAUGAUUGAAAGACUCGAAAGUGUAUCACGCCAAUUGGGGUUGAAGUUAGUACGCCCAGGACCAACAGGACCAGACUUGUUCAUAUCAUCUGAUAUGUUUUAUUUAGAAAUAGCUCUUGAACCAAAUGGUGGGGUUAAAGAUGUUAAGAUUCAUCAUGAAGGACGGGGUGAACAGAGCUGUGAGGAGUUGGUGACUUGUCUUUCUGAGAGGAACUUUGCUGACUUCACUGCCCAACUUGAAGGACUUGCAUCUAUCUACCAAUUAAAUGCUGAAAAAAAGGUGAAGUGUAAAGCUUUCUCCGCCCUGACAUCUGUUGAAGCUGACCUUACUACUCUCGCUUCCUUGCAUUACAUUAAGGAUCUCGUUUCAAUUGUUCAUAAUUCUCCUGUUGGUUUACUCGAAAAGAGACGUGGUGGUCACCCAAUGAAGCUCACCUAUUUUGUCUCUCCAUAUGACUUACUUGAUCCUGUCACAAGAACUAGUAAACCAGUAACUGCCGAAGUACUGAAUAGUGUUGGUCAUUCUGUAUCUGUGUGUAUGGAGAGUUCAUCUGCCCACAAGCUACAAACUUCACCAAUAGUUACAAUCACCAGGACCCCUGAUGGAAACAACUGGCCAGUGUAUGGUGGGCUAUCAGCAUCAAAUAGCAUUACGGUUGCUGGUAGCUUUGUGCUGCAGUUAAAGAAACCAAUGCCAGUCUGCUUGGCAUUAGUCUCUGGCAUCACCGCAGCGACGGGCGUGGAUUGUGCCGAUGUGUCAUCACCUCACCCCCUCCUCAGCCUAGUAGCUCAGGUAGCCUCUUCUGGAAAGGCUGACUCUUUAGAUAACAAAGGACUCUUUGUGAAUGUUGGUGACCAGCAUCAUUGCUACCUGAUGACUGAAGCGAGGGGCCUUGAUGGUGUGCUUGUCAGUUCAAUUCCAUUCACACAUCCAUCUCAUGUGCCACAGGUUUUAGCUUAUCUUCGCCAACAGGCACUCUUCAACACAGUGGUUUCCUCAUGCGUCCGACCUACCACUCCACGUGAUUUGGAGAAGAUGAUAAUGUUGGAAGUGAUGCCACUGGAUUGGCAGCAUGUCUCAAUCACCUUAGAACAUCCUCUGGAGGAGAGCAUGGCCACCGUGGAAGUGGAUCUGAGUGACAUCAACAACCUCACCUGCAAGGUUUACACAUCAUCUGGCGAAAAUUCUUUAGCCAAUUCGGAGUAUGCUACUAAAGUCUUUCAAAGGUCUAUGUCGAUACCUGUAACAAUGAGGUCUUUGAUCAAACUUUGGAAUGCUCAAGGACAGAGGAUGACCAGUAUAUUCAACGGAGGAGGAAUAGGAGAUAGUGGCGGCGGAGGUGGAGGAAAUCAGAACCACCCAACAUCUGAUUAUGAUCCUGAUUUGAAGAUAAAACUGGAGCCUGGGCUUGGUGGUCUCGUCAGUCGCCACAGUAGUUUCACCAAUGAUCAAGCUGAUCCAGGGUUUGACCAAUUCUCUACUUCCAUUGACACUUUACAGUUUCAAGAAUUAGGACAAUCCUUAGGUCUCCUCGAUGAUAAAGUGAAAAGGAAAAAACGAAAAUCAGGGGAAUCCUGGAGGAGUCCGAAACCAAGCCAUGAUGACAUUGGUGACAGUUCUAGUAACGAGUCUUCCCCUUUAGGAACUCCCAAUUCUAUCUGUGAUCCAACACCUAGUUUAGAAAUUAAUGAUCUCGACAGUUCGAUGAAUGAUAAGUCUCGAGAUGACUUAGAAAUUGAAGAAACAAUGAAUGUUUCUGAACUAGAUGUUGAAGAAAUAUUUAAAAGUACUGUUAAUAAAAAACCUAAGAAAAACAGAGAAGAAAAGAAAACUGCUAGUGAUAUUCUGUUCGAUUUAGGAAACAAAAAUUUAGUUCCUCCAUCAGUCUCCAUAACUCCUAUUUCUUCUUCUCAAAUGAAUCAGAAUUUAAACUCUGUACUCUCUGGUAUGGGUUUAGAAAGAAGGCCAGGUAUAGAAAUCAUUCCAAUUUCUUCUACUCCAACUACCUCUGUCCCCAGUUUGAUUACUAUUACCCCCAUUUCUUCUAAAUCUGUACCAGAAGACAAACUGAAAGAAAGGAAGAGUAGUAAAAGUCGCGAUGACAAAGUGAAAAUAGAAAAAAAAAGAAAAAGGAAGAAAGAGGAUAGUCCAAUGGGUCCACCAGAAAAAGUUCCUGCAAAGUCAGACCCAUUAUCUAAACCUGUUUCUGUCAGUAUUAAACCUGCUGAAUCUUCUUCUCCUCGACCUUCAUCACCUGCCAGUAGCAUGAGGAAGUACACGAGCUCUCCCACCCAUGUUAGUCCUCUUGUAGGAAAGAAUAGCCCAAGCUCCAGUAGCAAGCCUGUAAAGCAGCCCACUCCAAGCCCCAAGCAUUCGCCUCAUUAUUCUACAAGCAGUCCGAAAAAUAGCCUUACCUCCAGUCCUAAGCAUAGUACCUCGUCACCAAAACACCAGUCUUCUUCUGGCAAACCAAGUAUGUCUGCGCUAAAGUCUGCUGUCAGCUCCCCUAGUAAGUCUGAUUCAAAAACCAAGAGCAAAGACAGUAGAGAUAAAGACAGAAAAAUUUUUAGUUCUAGCUCUGGACAUUCUAGUCCCAAAAUGAAAUCUCCCAGUGUGAAGCUCAAACAGUUAGAUAUUUCCGCGAUCGAGGGGCCUCAGUCGCUGCAAAGUGGAGGCUCCACACCUCCCAGUUCGGGAGAUGGGGGUAAGCCCUCCUCGUCAGGACAACCAAAAAACAGAAAAGGAUCUCUAUCUGCAGUUAUAGAUAAGUUGAAGUCAGCUCAACACAUCGAUGAAGGGAAUGGCAAGGAGAAAAAAGACAAAGACAGGCAAACUUCAAGCAAAAUUGAAGGUAAGAGCACCAGCAAGCCAGGAGAGAACAAACCUGGCGAAUAUAUGGUGAAACCAAGUUCAGAUGGAAUGAAAUUGACGAUUAACAAAACGAAAAGUAAAGAAUCAUCUAAAAUAAAAUCGUCUUCGUCAUCUUCAUCCUCUUCAUCAUCAUCACCAUCUGGAAGUGGCAGUCCAAAAACACAUACUGGUCUUAAGCCUGGGGUGAAUAGUGGCCCGGCUGUAAAGAAAUCUCAUAUUAGUCAAAAAUCUAGCUCUCCAAUCCCAAGGUCAAGUUCUAGUUCUAGCUCGAGUAAAUCCAGUAGCAAAUCGUCAUCGUUGAAUAUACAGAAAGUUAGCAAGCCUUCAGGGUCUCCUAAAAUGUCUGACCCUAAUAGGAUUCGUGACAAGCCGAGAAACCCCAAGUUGUCGAGCUUUUCAGGCAAAGAAGGAAGAAAACUUAGUCCAUCAGCACUGCGAGAAGAUGACAAUUACAAGCAAUUACUUGGAGAAGGUAUGGUCAAGCAGUUAGAUACAAAAUUUCAAAUUCCUAAACUCUCUGCACGAUCUUCGAACUGUGGACAGGGUGACGAAAAAAAGGAUAAAAGUGAUAGGUCUGAUUUGAAGGUUAUUGAUCUGGCUAGUAAACUUGUAUCUUGCUCAAAAAACUCAGAAGAGAUUCGGGUCUCUUUAGUAGACUCGAAAUCAAAAUUAGGUUCAUCUACUACCAUUUCUCUUGGAAGUUCUAGUCCUAAAUUAGGACCGGUUAAGUUGGAAUCUGAAUCUCCUAAUAUUUCUAUUAUACCGAUGUCUUCUUCAGCAGACAAGGAAGAAAAGGAAUCCUAUGAAGAUGUUUUCAGCACUUUAAAAAUGGACUUGCCGAUGAGUGGUCUUUCCUUCUCUACUUGUGACCUGGAAGAAAAAAAGAAGAUACGACAACCCUCCUGUACCUCUGAGGAAGCCGCUGAAAUGUUAAUAGACUUCUCUACUCCUAAAGAAAACAAAUUGCUUCGGCGAUCUCCUCCUACUUAUCCAGCUUCACCUUCUGUGUCUGUGCAUAUUCUGAAAUCGCCUGCUCCGACAGAUAGACCCCAUAUUUCUCCCCAUUCCUCUCCAGGAAUUACUGAUGAUGAGCUGAUGGAUGAAGCCCUAGUCGGGAUCGGAAAGUAGUAUUAUUGUUUGUAUUUGUAUAUAUUGACACAUAUGUUUUGAUAUUUAGAUUUAAAAAAUAUUGUAUCUACAAUAUAUAAAAUAUUUUUCACAUAAUUUUAAAUUUAGUGCACACAUAUCUUGCCUCCGGAGUGUUCAGUAUUUGUAUGCAGAAGGCUUCAAAGAAACAGUGAGGUUGUGCAGUUGCACACAGAAUUUAUAAAUUCUUAUGAAUUGAUAAGAAUUUCGGACUCAGUUGCGUUUGCGAGAUGAAAUUCCUUUUUUAUUUAUUAAUCAAGUUAUUCGAUAAUAAAAUAAAAAUAAUAACUUGUAUAACACCCUGAAAUAUGACCAAUAGCUUUAAGACAUUAUAACUUCCAAAGAGAAAAGAAUAUUCAUAUUCGUUUGCUAUGUUGAAGGUAAGCCAGAAAUGUAUUAUAUUGGAUGCCAUGUCACUGAGUUCAUUUUUGUUAAUAUUUUGUUGCAGUAUUAGUGUUUUAUAUAAAUAUUCGUGAAUUAUUUUCGUAAUAGAUAAUUUUUUUUCUGCCUACCUUCAUGUGGCUACUUAUAAGAAAUAGGAGAUUUGAAUUUUUAUAUAGCUAAAACUUCCAAUUUUAUAAAUGUAUUGUAUAUUAAGUUGACAUUUGUGAUAUACGUAUUUACAGACAAAAAAUGAAUUUAUAACAUAAAUUACAUAUGAUAAAAUAACUACCCCAACAUUUAAUUGAAUGAUAGAAACUGAAAUUAAUUUUUGUAUAUAUUUUAUUUUUUUAAUAUUUGGUAUUCUCAUCUUCCUUUGUAAAAAAAAUUGUAAAAUAUAUUGUAGAAAAUUUUAUUUGUAAAAAAAAAUUAUGAGAAAAACGUAAGAGGCCAUUUAUUUAUAUUUUAUUGGACUGAAUUAUUAUUAUGUAUUUUUUGUUUCUUUCUCUUUGAUUUGUUCCGUCAUUUGAUUUCAUCAUUGAAUCACCAUGUAUUUGCCAGUAAAGGUUUACGUGCCUUUAAUUAUUUUUUAAUUUGCCAUACGAUCAGUAGAAAAAUAUUGUUUAUAAAUUUAUGAAACUGUUAGUGAUGAAAAUAAUAUAUAAAAAAAUAUAUAUUAUAUUUGUUAAUAAAUUAUAUUAUGAAGUUUGUUUUUUCAUUAUUAUAAUAAAAUGUUUUGUGUAAAA